AUGGGAUGGUUCUUCACAAAGACGGGCCGAUAUACGGUGAAAUCGGGUUACGCCAUUGCACAACAAGCCCUGGAGGCUAAUAGUCCCAAUUUUUUUGGCCCUGACACACAGCGGCUACAGGCACAAGUGUGGAAGGUACAAUAUACUCAAAAACUACAACAUUUUAUCUGGCAAGCUUUGACGGGUUGCAUAGCCGUAGGGGACAGGCUGAGGAGCCGAGGCAUGCAGAUAGACCCCCAAUGUAUGUGGUGUGGGAUGGCUACAGAAACAGUUAAUCAUACCUUAUUUGAAUUUCCACCGGCACGACAGGUUUGGGCUUUAUCUCCAAUUCCAACGGCUCCAACAUGA